UAUUAUUUAAUAGUUCUGAAUGAAGCUAGUGAAUAUGGGCGGUGUCACCUGCAGAUCGAAUCAUGGUGUGGAGGGGUGCGAUGAGGGAGCACAAUGCCGCACUUGUGCCGGCCCGCCCGCCGCCCUCCCGCCUCUAUAUAGCACCGCGGGCCCGGCCGGCCCUCAGUCCUCCGAGCACCCCCAUCCCUCCAGAUACACACGAGCAUCCGUGUGGUCAGUGACCAACUUGUAUCUUCUAAGUUUUCCAAAUUGACCCAAUUAACUAAACGAUAAAGUAUAUUUAUAAAUCUAAAGUGUGACCCAUGUUUCACGGUAACAAAGCCUUCUCCAGCUCGUCGUGUUUGUCACCGACCCGCUAAGAAGACCGUUUGUAGUACAUGAACAAUAACCGGUGGUAGUGGUGAUGCAGUAGCAUGUCGCUGGUGGUGUGCGCGGGCGCGGUGCGGGCCGGCGCCUCCUCGCGGCCGCUGUCGUCGCGGGACCUGCGCCGCCUCGUCUGUCACCACGCUGCAGUCCCGCAGGUGGUGUACGUGGAGGUGGACGCGCAGGGCUGGCUGCCGGCGGCGGCGGCGACCGCGCGCCUCGCGCCGCACCGGCCCGGGGGCAACCUGUCGCUGGAGCGCGCGGGGGCGGGGGCGGGGGCGGCGUGGCGCGUGGUGUGCGCGGGCGCGGCGCCGCUGGUCGAGCUGCGGCUGUGGUUCGCGGAGGACGUGCUGGCCGACGUGCAGUUCCCCUUCCUCACGCCUUUUAAUAUUAGAGGUAAAAACAGUUACGUGUGUCACGAGUGCGGCGAGAAGUUCGAGGAGCCCAACCCGCUGAAGGUGCACCUGUUCCUGUCCUGCAAGCCGUACAGCGCCGAGCUGUUCUGGGACACGUUCCUGGCGCGCGCCGAGCGGCCCCCCGCGCCCCCCGCGCCGCCGCCGGGGCUGGGCGCGCGCGCCGAGGCGCUGGCGGCGUGGUGGGCGCGCGCGGCGCCCGGCGCCCCCGGCCGCCACCGCUGCCUCUACUGCGGCCGCGCCUACUCGCGCGCCUACGGGCUCAAGAUCCACGUGCGCACGCACACGGGCUACAAGCCGCUCAAGUGUCCGCACUGCGCGCGCCGCUUCGGGGACCCCUCCAACCUCAACAAGCACGUGCGCCUGCACGCGUCGCGGGGGCCCGGGGGCGGCGCGGGGGGCGGGGGGGCGCACGCCUGCACUCACUGCGGGCGGGGGCACGCGCGGCGCCGCGACCUGCAGCGCCACGUCCGCGCCGCGCACGCCGGCUGCACCGACGCCACGGAACUGUGA